AUUCAUUGUAGAUUCAAACCUUGAUUCAAACCAGCAUGCUCACUACAACGAUUUUUGUUGUUACCUUUCAAAUUAUUCCUACCACUCAUCUCUACGAUCAGUAAUUCCACCUUAAGUUGAGCGUAUCAACUUAUACGACAUACAUCUAGGUUCAUCUUAUCUGGCACCGGGCUUUUUGGUGAAACUUAAAACACGUGGGUAAAAAUCUGAAACGAUAACCUAUAAACGCGCUGUGGAAAUCACCGUAUUCGGCGUGAUAUGUUUAGUCUUCAGUGAUUCAAGUAAUUGGAAAUAGAAGGUUUCCGAUCACAAUCGACGAUGAAGAAAACGGGAGACACAUUGAGGGAUCUUACUUCGAGAAAAUUUGAUAAAUGGUAUGAAGAAUUUCCUAAAACCGAAGAUGUCGUUGAAUCGAGUAAAUCUGAGCUGGAAGUUAUGGAGUUAAAGGACGAAGCCAAAAAAUGUUUAGACGCAGAUACCGCAGCAUUCAGCUUGAAACAGUCUAAAAUCGGAAAGUCUGAUUAUUCAUGGAUGAAAUCGCUGCUAUCAAAAGGCACAGUUGGAGACAAAGUAGCAGCAUCCACUAUAUUAAUACAAGACAAUCCAAAAUAUGGCCUAUCGAGACUCAGCAACCUGAUUUCAUUAGUCAAGGCAUCAAAGAAGAAGCAAUGCAUAAUGAUCAUUGAUACCUUACAGGAAUUAUUUUCAUCGGACUUAUUGCACCCUCAAUAUAAAUUGUUCAAAUUUGAAGAUCAAAAUUUUAACAGAUUAGAUGAAAAAAUAUUUGCAGAAAACCCUAUCAAAAGAAGAAAGCUACUGGCGCAUUGGUAUUUUGAAGAUCAGCUGAAAGUCUGCUAUACACAGUUUAUCGAGGCAUUGGACGCCGUAGCGCACGACACUGUUGAUGCAAACAAAGAGAAAGCAAUAACAAAUAUGUACAAAUUACUGGCAAACAAUCCUGAGCAAGAAGAAAAGCUCUUGGCCAACAUUGUUAACAAGAUCGGUGACCCAAGCUCCAAAGUUGCAUCAAAAGCUGUAUUUUGCCUAGGCCAGUUACUAAAUGAACAUCCAAACAUGAAACAAGUAGUCCUCAAUGAAAUUGAAAAGUUACUCUUCAGAACAAAUGUCACGCAAAAGGCUCAGUACUAUGGAAUUUGUCUUCUGACACAAUAUGUACUGGAUCAGGAUAAUAUAGAGGUUGCAAACAACCUGAUAUCCGUGUACUUCAGUUUUUUUAAGGCGUGCCUGAAAAAAGGUGAAGUUGAUUCAAGAAUGAUGGGUGCUCUGCUAAUGGGAGUGAACCGUGCGUUUCCAUUUUCUGAGAUGGAUCAUACUAAACUACAGGAGCAUAUUGAUACCAUAUACAAAGUCAUCCAUCUUGGGUCCUUCAAUGUCAGUUUAAGUGCCUUGAGUCUAUUGCAUCAGAUAAUUGACAAGGAUGUUAAGCAGGCUAAUAGAUUUUAUUGUGCUCUGUACAAAAAGCUUCUGGACCCACAAAUAGCGACAUCCACUCACCAGGCAAUGUUCUUGAGCCUUUUGUUCAGGGUUCUCAAAAAAGACACUAACCCGACACGGAUAAAAGCGUUUAUCAAAAGGAUUUUACAAGUCUCAUUUUAUUUUCCCACACAUAUGAUCUGCGCUAUACUGUAUAUGAUAUCACAGGUAUUCAAAAUUAAAAGAAAUGUCUACACAGAUAUGUUUGGGGCCAAAAAUUCUGCUCUGAAAAAUUCAGAAGAUACGAUACAAUUAGAUGACAGUACAGAAAGUUUGAAAGAAAACGAGGAAGAAAACGAGGAAGAAGCACACAUGAAAAAUACUCAUGAAGAAGAAACCAUCACUCUAUCUAAUGUGAGAAUAGCGCCAAUUACAAGUCUGAUGGAUACGGCUGAUCCAAAAGUUGAAGUAAAAGUGGAGGAUGUGAAGGCCUAUGAUCCUUAUCAUCGUAACCCAUUGUAUUCUGGAGCAAAUUUCACUUGGUGCACAGAACUCAGGGCUUUAGCAUGUCAUUUUCAUCCCACUGUUGCUCUUUUUGCAAAUACGAUCAUCAAAGGAAAACCAAUAAUCUACACUGGUGACCCAUUGCAAGAUUUUACAAUGAUUAGAUUUCUGGAUCGAUACGUAUUUAAAAAUCCAAAAAAAUUGGACGAACGAAAAAUAUUGACCAACAAAGAUAACCCGCUUGCAAAACGAGCUUCGUAUUUGGCAAAAGGUGUCAGGUCAAUUCAAGUCAAUAGCGCGAUGUAUGUAAAUGAAGAUGAAGAUAAAAUACCAGCGGAUGAACGCUUCCUUUAUAAUUAUUUGAAAAAUAAAACUACUGCACCAAAACUGAAAGAUGAGGAUGAUGAUGGCUUUGAUGAUGAUUUAGAGAGUGUCAACAGCGAGGAAUUCAAUGACAUGAUGGAUGGACUUAGCAAAGACAAAGACUUCGAAGACCUGGAUAUUGCUGGGGACAUAAGUACUUCAAAAAAGAAACGAAAGAAAGAAGAUAGUGAUAAUGAAUCAUCUGGUGACAGCGGUAGUGAUGAUGGUGGCGAUGAUGUUUCUUUGGAUGAAGAAGUGGGCUCUGACGAUGAAAUGCUAGAUGAAUUGGCAGAAGAAGAUGAAGAUGGUCUUGAAGGUGUUGAUGACGAGGAUCUUAGCGAUAUGGACUUUAGCGAUGGUGACGAUGAUGAUGAAUUGGAUGUCUCAAGUCCUCGCAGUCGCCCUAAUAGUAAUAGCAAAAAGUCAAAACCCAAAUAUGACCAAAACGUCUUUGCCGCUGCCGAAGAAUUUGCUGAACUACUAGAUCAGGAAGGUACUUCAAAAGCAAAACAUGGCGGAGCUAAUGUGAUGAGUAAUCAAGAUAAAGCUGCCGUACAGCAACUAGACUGGGAAGAAAAGAGGCACAGGUGGAUUAAAGGCUAUAAUAAGAGUGUAGGAAAACCCCGAUCUCGGGGUGGACCACAGAAGAAAAGUGCCAAACGAUUUAAGAAAAGAUAAUCCUCUGUAAUCUAUCGAAUAAAUGAACUGUAAGUGAUGA